AUGCGGUUCGCAUGCGGAACUCCAAUGUUGAACGGUAAAAUAUUCGUCACUUCCAUCUUCUGCCGGCAACAUCCCGCUUGGGGUAUCCGUAGAUGCAAGUACAGCAUGAUAUACACGCACCGGCUCAACACAAUCCAAGAGCCGUCUUUCUCUCGGAAUGUAUUAGCAGUCACACCGUCAGACAAGGGUGUAUUGAAUGAUUGGAUGAAUUGGUAA